ACACACAGAGAGAGACCACAAAUCCUUUGACAACGUGACGUCCUAUAGGCUGGACUCUCGUGGGGCGUAAAAGAGAAAACCCUCGUGUGGAGAUGUGAGACUGUGAUGUCUCAGUGUGUGCAUGGACAUGUGGGUAUCCUCGCCAUCAAUGGAGAUGUUUGGUAACUGUGGAGAGCCACAUGGGAUCUGUACUUCACCAGGUGUGUUUGGAAAUUAGCCGGGGGCUCGUGGUGCAACUCCACCUCCACUUCUAUCCAUCACCCAUGAACUUUCCGGUCGUCCUCGCGCCGCUGCACCCUUCUCCUCACGGACAAUGAAGACUUCUCGCAGGUGCAGGAGCUUUCUGUCGGUCAGCUUGAACUUCUUCGCCCUGUUCUUCUCCAUCACCGCGUUCAUCACGACGUACUGGUGCGUGGGCACGCAGAGAGUACCCAAGCCAAAGUGCAGCAAGCUGCGGACGCACCAGUGCAUCGACUACGGAGUGAACGAGACCGACCCCAACAAGGUGGUGUACAGCUGGGAGACCGGAGACGACCGCUUCCUCUUCAGACAGUUCCACACCGGCAUCUGGUAUUCCUGCGAGGAGAACAUCCACGAUGAAAGUGAGAUGUGCAGAAGCUUCAUCGACUUGGCCCCUCCAUCAGAGAAAGGGAUGCUGUGGCUGUCGCUGGUUUCUGAGAUGUUGUACAUUGUCCUGCUGGUGGUGGGCUUCAGCCUCAUGUGUAUAGACCUGGUCCACUCCAGCAACGUCAUCGAUGGACUCAAGCUCAAUGCCUUUGCUGCCGUCUUCACCGUGCUCUCUGGUCUUCUUGGCAUGGUGGCUCAUGUGAUGUACACACAGGUCUUCCAGGUCACUGUCAGCCUCGGCCCACCUGACUGGAGGCCGUACAACUGGGACUACGGCUGGUCCUUCUGCAUGGCCUGGGCGUCCUUCACCUGCUGCAUGGGCGCAUCAGUCACCACCCUCAACUCCUACACAAAGACCGUCAUCGAGUUCAGGCACAAACGCAAGACCUUCGAGCAAAGCAUCCGAGAGGAGCACGCGCGGGAGGCUUUCGGAUAUUUCCAGGAAUGCUCCCUGCACUCCAUCUCCAAAUCUGUAGAGGUUUAUUCCAGCCAGAGCCUGAAAAGUGGCAGGAAAACUCCCAUACCUGUGGACUCUCUGGACCUGACUGACAUUGCAACAUCUUUGGGGGAAGAGCAGUGCUGAACGGGACGGGACAGGAGGUGGUGGCAUUCCUCUCAACUUGAUGGAUGGAAGCGUUGUUGUCCAUAUGUGGUCGGCAUUCAGUACGGGAUGAACAGCUAACAGGAUUUCAGGCUGUAUCAUGAGCUUCACCUGAUUCAUUUUAACACUGCCUUAAAUGUGGGUGUGUUGUUGACAUUGGGAGCUUCAAACCAGCUGACAACUGAAAAAAAGUGGACUUGAGCUAAUCUCAUGGAUGAAGGUGUUGUCUCUGUUUAUGUAACCUACCACAAUGUAGAUUUAAGAGAAAAUGUGAAGUAUACCCAUAUAAAUAGAGCGAGGGCCUCUCAGAUGCUAAUAGCCUUAUUAAACAUGUUUCAGUCAAUCAAUAAAUCAAUGCAAAGACAGGGUGACAGUUGGUCACUGGUUAACUGGUUUUUCAUUCAUUGUGAAAUAAAGCCACAAAGACUUGCUGCAAAUUAUGUGUCUAGUCUGCCUACAUAUAUAAAUUAUAAAUGAUAUGUGAAGUGUAAGUGUGCAGAAUUCUUGUACACAGAAUGCGGGAUAAUUUUUCUGUUGGAUGUUCACAAUCAGUUACUUUCAUCGUCUCAUGAAGCCCAAACGAGCAUUUGCAAACACACUUCUCAUCAUGUCAGGAAAAACUGCAGAGAAACUUAUAACACAGUGUUUUGUAGCAUUCAAGUUUAUAUGAACUCUUGUAAUUAGUAUAGUGUCACACAUUUCCAGUACAGUAUGUAAUUCACAACCUAUGUUCUAUUUAUUCCGCCACAUUUUUUGGCAUUCCUUCAACAUAUUUCCUGCUACUUCACCAUCUUCUUACAGUUUAAAGCCAACAAUGCAGUGCAGUGGCUUUGCUAUUCAACAAACCUUGAAAUAUUCCACAUCUCAUUCAUUCAUACAUUAUUGAUAUUAUUCAACUUUUAAAGCCAGCAAUCCAGUGGCAGCGUCAGGCUUUCAACAUCCAGCAUUCACACGGCAAUUUCUUCAGAAAUUACCUUCCUAGAAGAUAUUGGUCCUUUAGAGAAAGUAAUGUCGGUCUGGUUUCAGAGGGUAGGAGGAAAAUGUAAUUUCCUGAAUAUACUGUACAUUUUACAGUUUUCUAUGAUACUACGUAUGAACUUUGUAAUUUCAUAUUUUUUUCACACUUUUUUAAUAUGGUAGUUAUACUGGCAAAAUUAUUUAUUGUCUGAGGCAAGUCAUAUGUUUAGGAUAAUCUUUUUUAUGCUUCAGUCUAAGACAAGUUUUUCUUUCGGGAGACCAUAAAAGCAACCUUGACCUUGAAUA